CCGAGGCGACAGCAUGAGCGGCGAUCAGCAGAGCUACCCGCUCCCUCAGGUGUUCCUGGUGGACGCCGGCGGCCCGCAGCACCCGGACCAGCAGCCGAGCCUCGUGCCCUGCUGGUCCUUCCCGCCGGCCCGGGAGCCGGCGAGGGCCCGCGGGCGGAGCCGGGGCUGCAUGGGCGUCGGCGCCGGCCCGGCCCUCGUCGCCCUGAUGCUCUUCCUGCUGGUGUUCGCGUGCCUCGGGUUGGGAGCGUACCAGAUCCACAACAUGCAGGCCGAGCUGAGGGAGACGAGGGAGAUGAGGAAGGUCGUGUCGACCCCCGACGACGAGAGCCGCGCGCCGCAGAGGCAGAUCGCUCACCAACUCGAGAUGAACGAAGGAGACGAAGAGGAACGACCUGCAGCGCACGUCAUCGGGCGCAUCGAAACCGACAAUGUCCCCCGGACGCUGCGCUGGGAUCCGCGGUCGGGCCGGGCGUUCGAGUCGGGCGCCGUGUCGUACCGGGCGGAGGACGGCGGCCUGCAGCCGAACCGGAGCGGGCUCUACCACGUGUACUCGCGGGUGGAGCUGAUCUUCAAUGACUGCUCGCCGGCCUCCUCCUUCGUGCACUCGGUGUUCGUGAGGCGGGCGGCGGCGGGCGGGGGGCGCCCCCCCUCACCUCUGACCCUGAUGGAGGCCCACAGGGCGGGGUUCUGCUCGGCGCAGCGCGGCCACGUCUGGACCGCCGACAGCUACCUGGCCGGCGCCGUGCGGCUGCAGAGGAACGACCGCGUGUUCGUGAACGUGUCGCAGCCCUCGUUCCUCAGCCACUCGCAUUACGCCAACUUCUUCGGCCUCUACAAGAUCUGAGAGCGUGUGUGUGUGAUAAUGAUAGUGAUACUAUGAAAGUCAGAAUGUCUCUGAAUCUUACUCAUCGCUUUGAUGCCUUGUGUGAUCGCUAUAAACGUAUAUUAAUAAUGCCUGAACAGUUAUUAUAUAUAUAUAUAAGUGUGUGUGUAUAUAUAUAUUAGAUCAUCUGCAACAUCAAAACCCUGUAGGGAAAAAUAGUGUGUGUGUAUAUAUAUAUAUAUACAUACAUAUGUGUAUAUAUAUGUCUCAUUAAUUAAGUUCUAGACACGAGCCAUAAACAUAAAAUAUUGUGCCUUUAGUCAGUCAACACUAACGAGUUGAUUGAGUUGGAGCGGUUUUUAAAAAAAAACUUUAUUUCAGGGUGCAUGUGUGUAAAAGGGGUGUGAUGAAAAUGAAUAAAGAUAUAAUAUAAGUUGA